GGCGAACCCCCCCACUCUCAUUUUUUGGCCUCUUUCCUUUUUCAUCAAUAAACCGCGUUUCGCUUUCUUGUGAAACCCACACUCUUGAAAGCUCCGCGUUAUCUUUACGAGCAUAUCCCUUUCACCAAUCAUCUAAUAAACUUAUAACAGAACAGGACUCUGUCUUUUUCUUGUUCUGUUUUUCUUUUUAACGAUAAUGCGUUCCAUUUUCCAUGCUGCGGCCGCCGUUUUCCUUCUUCGUUUCUUUCUAACGGUGACGUUUUCUGUUGGGAUUCGGACUAUCGGUGGAGAUGGGUCCGGGCCCGGGUUCGGAUUCUCGGAGGCACCGGAUUAUCGAAACGGAGUGGAAUGUCCGGUUUCUGUCAAUAAAGAAGUUGUUUCGUCGUGCGACCCGGAUUUAGUCCACGUGGCGAUGACGUUAGACUCGGAAUACUUGCGUGGCUCGAUCGCCGCCGUCCACUCCGUCCUCCGGCACGCUUCGUGUCCGGAAAACGUCUUCUUCCACUUCAUUGCGGCCGAGUUCGACCCGGCGAGUCCAAGAGUGUUGAGCAAACUCGUACGAUCCACGUUUCCUUCGCUCAACUUCAAAAUCUACAUAUUCCGGGAAGACGCGGUAAUUAACUUAAUCUCGUCUUCAAUCCGGCAAGCCCUGGAAAACCCACUCAACUACGCUCGAAAUUACCUCGGAGACAUCCUAGAUCUCUGCGUUGACCGAGUCAUUUAUCUCGACUCGGACUUGGUCGUGGUCGACGACAUUCACAAACUCUGGAACACAGCCCUCACAAACUCACGCGUCAUCGGCGCGCCCGAAUACUGCCACGCCAACUUCACCAAGUAUUUCACGGACGGGUUCUGGUCCGACCCAGUUCUUUCCCGGGUUUUCCAUUCGAGGAGGCCGUGCUAUUUCAACACGGGGGUUAUGGUGAUGGAUUUGGUUCGGUGGAGAGAAGGGAAUUACAGGAAAAGAAUCGAGAAUUGGAUGGAAAUACAGAGGAAACGAAGGAUUUACGAAUUGGGUUCGUUGCCUCCGUUUCUGCUAGUAUUUGCUGGGAAUGUGGAAGCGAUUGAUCAUAAAUGGAACCAACAUGGACUUGGUGGGGACAAUGUAAGAGGUUCAUGUCGUUCGUUGCAUACGGGUCCGGUGAGUUUGUUGCAUUGGAGUGGGAAAGGGAAACCCUGGGUUCGACUCGAUGCCAGAAACCCUUGUCCGCUUGAUCAUCUUUGGAAACCCUACGAUCUUUACAAGGGCAGUUCAAUCAAAGAUCGGUCUUCUUUUCCUUCUUCAAUUUUCUUGGGAUUUUCCAGUUAUUUGUCAUGAUUAUCAUUUUUUCUUUGUUUUAAAAUUUUACAUUGUUACAGAAAUGAUGACUGAUUCUUUUGAUAGAAAAGCUCAGCUGUAUACGAACUGAAUAUAUAUUUUUUGGGUUAUUAAUUUGUGCUCUGCAUAUGAGUACCAAAUAUCAAUUCGUUUCAUUCAUCAGAUAAGGGUGGAACAAUUUUUGGUUGGGUUGAUUCCUUUGUAUGUAAUUAUGGAGAGAGGAAUAACGUUGAGUUGUUCAUUGAUUCAUUUUCCA